AUGAUAAAAAGACCUAAGACUCCACAGAGAACAGCUUUGGCUGUUAGGAGAAAGAAGCCCAGUCAUCAAGAGGAUGAUUUUUAUGCUAAUAUGGCAGCCAUGUCAGAUGAUGAUAUGGAAUCUGACAUAUCCGAAGCUGAUGUCGAUCUAGUGGCCAAGUCCUUAGAUGAUCUUGAUGACAUGGAUGCCAAUCUGUUUGGAGGCCACAAAAAGAACACUGAGAAGCCUUUGACAAAGGCAGUGACAAGUCCUCGUCGUACAGCAGGAACAAGCAGAUCUUUGUCACCUCCAACUAGAACUGGAAUUACUACUGCAAGCAGCAGUAAUUCAGUUCCCAAAACAACUAAAGAGGCUGAAGAAAAGAUGGGUCCAGCAGAGAAGACAAAACCUUCUGUUGAAGAUGAUAUUGAUUUAUCAGGACUUUUGUCCGAUGAUGACAGCUCAUUCCUACCAAAAGAAACUCUGGAACCAGCAUCAAAGAAAUUUUCAGUUGCUGCCAAGUCUUCUACAACUGAACCUUCAUCCAUUCCAAAGUCACCUCCAUCUACUAAACAAGCAACAUCAGUGAUAAAUGCCAAAGAAGCUACAACCAAAGAUGAUUCUGAUUUAGCAGGAUUGUUUUCAGAUGAUGAGAGUCUUCUGUUGCCAACAACAGGAAAAGAUCAGAACAAUACAUCCAAUCAAAACCCAGCUUCAUCUACAAAACCUCCAUUGUCCGGAAAGUCACAAGAAAAUAUAAAUUCUGUUGCAAAAGAAACAAAAGAAUCACCUGUGAAGAAAGCUGUGACAUUCAGCAAAGAUGGUGAUAUUUUUGAUGAUUUUGGACUGGAACAAAAGCCAAAUAAUACGUCUCGACCAUCUCGAUCAGCACUGGAUGACCUUUUUGGUAAAUCAUCACCACCACCAUUAACAUUCAAUACUGACAAAACAGAAACAUCACAAGCUGGAAAAUUAUUAAUGGGUAAAAAUGGAUCUGCUGACAUAGAAAAAGAGACUGAUGAUUUUUUGUUUGGAUCCUAUUUGCCAUCAUCUGCUGUUCAAUCUGCUCCAAAUAUUUCUAGUCGAGGUAGCAGAUUGGAAGCCGAAAGUGAAAAGGUCAACAAAAGGUCAGAGAUAGUUUCAACAAGACAGAAAAGCAGUUUGUCACAAAAGAGUAGUUUUGAUGAUGGUAAUGAUGAUAAACUAGAUUGGCUAAAGAUUGCUUCUGAACAAGAGAAGAAAUCCUCUGGAAAAUCAGAAACUGCAAAAGUGGCAGAAACUGAUGAUGAUGAUGAAGAUUGGUUGGGAAUGAAGUCAAGCAAAAAAUCCAUCUCAUUUAAUUUAGGAGAUGAACUUGAUAUUGAUCUGUCACCUGUCCCCCUUAACCAUGUGCAGAUCAGUGGAGGAGCCCGGAAUGAGAAAGAGACACUACCUUCAACAUCUGCACCGGUCACUGAAAAGGCAAAGAUUCAGUCUCAAAUAUCUGGGAUUAAGGAAACUUUGAAACCCAAACCUACAAAAUCAGGAGUUAAGAUUACAAAAGAUGUUGGUCCAAAAAAAGAAACACAAAAGGAAUCACAACUUGAAAAGAAACCAGAACCAGUUAAAUUGCUUAAAACUCAUAAAAAAGAAAUGCCACCAACAGCAGAUGGAGAAGAAUUACUUCAACAAUUAGAGUCUGUCAAUCUGAUGCCUUCACUUGAAAUUCUACCUACUUACAAGCUUGAGGCUCAGCAUGCUGUCCCUAGCAUAAAUAGCCCAACUAAAAGUCCAAAUCUUGUGAACCUACGUCCACACUCAGCUGACACCUACAUGUCGUCUUCAUCUUUUGAGAAGCUCACAGAUGCUGAGAUAAAGAUAAGUCGUUUGCAGAUAGAAAAAGAGCAGCUUGAAAUUUUAAUAGAAAGUGUAAAGAAAAGGUGCUCUGAGGAGAUUGAAGCUAUUGAACAAUCUUACAAAUCAAGACUUCAACUGCUGGAGGAAACUCACCAACACAAGGAGACACGCUGGAAGGAAGAGAAUGAGCAACUGCUAAAACAACACUUGCAGAAAAUGCAACAGUUAGAGCAAGAAAAAAGUGAACUAACAGCACGGCAUUACAACAUUUUGCAGAAUGCUGUAGAUGAGAAUGCAGCAGAAGUUCAACGCUUGAAGGAGUCUCACCAAACAGCUAUGGAGUUACAGCGCAAGGAAUUUGAGGAGGCUCUUUAUCGAAUGAAAGAGGUCAAGCAACGAGAGGUGGACAGUGUAGAAAAUUUCCAGUCAACAUCAAAGUCACUGCACUUAGUGAUUGAGCAGAUCCAAGCCAAUGCCAAAGAUCUGAACAUCUUCCAGCAAAAGCUUGACCACUGGCAAAUUGGAGGAAUGGAUGAGCGAGAAAUGUCAAUUCGGGCACGUGACCAGCAACUGAAAACUUUUCAAGAAAGGUUGAAUCGACAGCAGGAAGAGAACGCUCGUGAACGCAGCCGACUGGAAGAGCUGAUUUGUCGCUUGGAAGGGCAACUGCACAGCCAAACACAACUGCUGGAUGAUGAGCGGUGGAAGGUGAAACAAGAAGUCAACAAAUUCCAUGCACUGCAGGCAUCAGUGGAGGCUGAAAAGAAGCAGUGGGGAGAGCAACAGGCCAGGGAAAAGGCAGCCAUGGAAAAGAGUCGUAAUGCUUUGGUAGAAGAACAGCGCCAGUUGAUGACACAGCUGUUUGAAGAACGGCGAGCCCUUGCUGAAGAAAAGGUCCACAUGGAAGUUUCUCGAAAAUUGUGGUCAGAACGUGAGCAACAGAAUUCCAUCAAGGCUGUAAAGAUUGAAACAGAAUUUCAUGCAACAAUGAAAGCCCUUGAAGAAGAACGCAACAAGUUGAGUGCGCAGGUGGAACUUGUGGAGACUGAAAAGAAAGCCUUGCGGGAAGAUCACAAGAAGUUUGAAAAAGAGCGCAAGAAUUUUGAAGAGGAAAAAAUACAGCUUACUGACCUGGCAUCACAAAUUAAAAGGCGUUCAAAAGAAGUAGAAUCAUUGUUUGCUGAGGCUCAGAAGGUAAAAGAAGAAGGGGAAAUGGCAUUGGCCAAAAGCAACAAGAUGGAUUUGGAAUACAGUCAGCGUUGGAGGGAUUUGAUGACCCAAAUGGAUAACCUGACAGAGCAAGAGAAGCAGGCUGCGGCUGAGAGAAUCACAAUGGCUCAAGAGAGAGACCAUCUGGAGACAUUACGCAAAAGCCAGAUGUGCUUCAACUGCCGGAAUUCUCUAUCUGGAGGAAUUGGUUCAGUAAAUGGAAGAGUGCCCAAAAUGACUGCCACUUUCACUUCAGUGAAUAAUGGAUCUGCCUUUUGGGGAGGCUAUCAACCUGAGACUAUUCCCGUUCAGGCAACAGAAGAUUCCUCUCCUAUUAUUCAGGAGACCCUCCAUGCCAUCCGUACUGACCAAUGGCUAAGACAGCUCAAGAAACAAUCCCUAAAGGACAAAGAAUUUCUUUUGGGAGAGAAAGUCUAUUUGGCAACACUGGAAAAUUCUCAUUAUCAACCUGGUCAAGUGCAGAGAGCUUCCACUCUCUGCAAUCAUGUUCUGUCAGCCCCAUCCAUGACAUCUUGGGCCCCUCCCAGGCACUCACUUUCCUUUAACCUGAAAGUCUUGGGCACACUUUAUAGCACUGCUGGAACGCUCCACAUGUCCAUAUGUGUGAAGCCUUCUCUCUCUCAGAAUGGGGUAUUUUUCUUUUCUUUUUUUUUAUUCUUCUUUUCUCAUUUUCUUUGUAUUUUAGUUUCUUUGCUUCUGCUAUUUGUACUUAUUUUCCUUAAAUAUUAUUUUCUCUCUCUCAAUUUUCUAUUGUUUUUCUUUUACUUACGUUUUUUUUUUCUUUCUUUCCUUCUUUCUUUAAUUGCUUUUCACUCUUCUUAG